AUGGAAGGCCUAGAAGGACAGGUCAGCGACCUGCGGACCUUUUUGUCGCAUGCGCCGCCGCCUCCGCCGCUGGCCUUGGGCGCAUCACCCAGCGCCAAUUCUCCACGUCAUCCCAGCAAUCCCAACCUCAACGCCUCGCUGUUUUCCGCGCCCGGAGACAAUUCCGCCCAUCAGCCCUUCUCAUCACCACUCCCUCCACAACCACCGUCGCUGUCCGGCGCCUCGCCUGGGGCUGCCUCCAGCGUCGGUGCAGCUAGGGGUGCCUCGCGCAGUGGGAGUGUUGGUGGUCCUCCAUCUACCGGCGCUGCUGCCGGUGCCUCGCAGAAGAGGAAGGCCGACGCUGAGGACGCCGCGUCCAACGCUGGCAAGCAGCAGAGGAGCAAAAGGAAUAGAUACAUCUCGAUUGCCUGUAAUGAAUGCAAACGGCGCAAAAUCAAGUGCAAUGGCGAGACCCCUUGCCAGCGGUGUGGCAACCUUAAUCUGGCGUGCCUCUACGCCCCGAACUGCUGCUCCAACAACUUCAAGGACUCGGACGAGUUCCGCCGCAUGAGCGAUGAUGUCACGCGCCUCCAGGAGCAGGUCAAUUCGCUCUACAAGAGCAUGGAUGCCCUGCGUCAGGAGACGCUGCGACUCGCCCCGAUCCAGAACCGAGCACUGCAGGCCUCCGCCUCGCCCAACGCCGUCUCGCCCUCCCCGCCCUCCUCCUCCAUCCUGUCUCCGAACCGACCCGAGCUCGCGCCCCUGCGACACCAGGCCCCUUCCUUCCGAGGCCCGACGAGCAUAGCUUUUACCGUCGACGUCGCUAAGAACACGCUGCACAACAUGGGAUACAGCGGGGUGCCCGAGACCGGAGCGGACGAGCCCCCACGGUCGGUCGACGACGCCGCGAACACGACGUCCGACUUCGACCCCCGACGGCCGCCGGACCCGCUCUGGGACUACGACAAGGACGAGAUGAUCAGGCUGUGCCGCCUGCACGAGGAGGAGGUCGGCAUCAUGUACCCCGUCGUCAACAUCGAGAGCGUCAUCUCCCACGCCAAGUUCCUGGCCUCGUGGCUGGGCAACAUCAAGCAGCAGGGCAUGGUGCCGCCCUUCGGCGUCGACAACGGCAUCAGCGACAUCAAGUCGCUGCAGCUCAAGAUCAUCAUGUGCUGCGCGCUCGUGGUCGAGGAGCACGGCAACAGCGCCAAGGCCUCGCGCCUCUACGACAGCAUCCAGCCCGUCGCCGACAAGAUGCUCAUGAACGACCCCGGCGAGAUCAAGAACCUGCCCUUCCUCGCCCUCAUCGCGGGGUACCGCUUCCUGUCCAACGAGGAGGUGUUGGCCUGGCGCGUCAUGGGCGAGGUCGCGCGCCACUGCCUCGAGCUCGGCCUGCACCGGCGCGAGGGCCUGGCGCGCAUCCCGGACGAGGAGGAGAGGAGGAACGCGCUCAAUACGUUCUGGACGGCGUACGUCCUGGACCGGAGGUGGAGCUUCGGCACGGGCUUGCCGUACGUGGUCCACGACGACAAGAUUGACCCCAAGCUCCCGUAUCCCGAGGACUACCCUUACCUCGUCGCCAUGAUUACCUACUCCAAGCUCGGCGCCAGGAUCUGGAGACUGGUUGACUACUUCGAGCCGGCCCUGAUCCAAGACGUCAAGCGAGACGAGUUUGAGAGUCUCGAUCGGGAGAUCCUGCAGUGGUACGAGACGGUACCCGACGACGUCAAAAUCAGCAACCUCGACAGAGACCUCCCCCUCCCUUCAACGCCGUCCUACAACGUUCAGAGACUGCAGAUCUGGACCCGCCUCCGUCUCAACCAGAUUCGGAUAUGGCUCCACACGCCGGUCCUGCACUCGGCCUCGUCGAUCCACGACAACAUGCACCUGGCGCAGCGCGUCGUCGACUUGGCCAAGGAGACGAUCCGCUACCUGACGCGCCUCAACAACUCGACCAACCUGUACCGCCGCAUCCAGGUCUUCUACCACCAGUUCCUGACCUCGGCCAUCGCCGUGCUGUUCCUGGCCUCGACGCACGCGCCCCUGCAGUUCAGCGCCAACUGCCGCACCGAGUUCUACAUGGGGCUCGAGCUCGUCAAGGACAUGUCGUCCAAGUCGUGGGUGUCGCAGCGGCUGUGGCGCACCAUCAAGUCGCUCAAGGCGUACGCGCCGCAGCUCGGCCUCGGCGAGGAGGACGGCAACAAGAGCAGCAACGGCAGCAGUCACGGCGGCGGCGGCGGCGUCCAGGGUGGUGCGGGUGCGGGUGGCGGUGGAGCAGGUGUCUCGGGCGCGAGCGACGCGCACUCGAGUGCCGCGCUGGCCAUGGCCGGCAUGGCGGCCGGCGGGCCGGGCCAGCUGCACCAUCACCACCACCAGCAGCACCACCACCACCACAGCGUGAGCCCCGGAACCGCGAGCAUGGGCUCGCCUGCGACGACGGGCGGCGGGGGAAGCCACUUUGCGCGGCCGGGCAGUCUGGGCCCUGGUGCUGCUCAGCAACAACAGCAGCAGCAGCAGCAGCAGCAGCAGCCGCAGUCGAACCUGACGGAGGAGCAGGCAAAUGGGCUCAGGAUACAGUACGAGAUGGGUAGGAUCUUCGAGGGCUACAUGGGCGCCGCCGGCGGUUCUGCUCAGCAGCAGGGACAGCAGGGGCCGCAGGCGCAGCAGCACCGCCAGCAACACCAGCACUCUGGGCGGUACGGGCCCAACGGCGCGUCCUCCUACACGUCGUCGGAGAUGCAUGCCGUGCCGAUGGAUGCCGACACGGACGAGGGGCUGUACCCCCAUCUGAAGGCUAUGUUUUGA